AUGGACCUCUACCACGGUGCGCAAAGCUACCAACGUCCCGCCAAGCAAAACAAAAUUGCAUCGCAGAGGCAGUAUCGGGUCAAAGAGGGCGACGGGUUCGAAGAACUCAAAGACGCGAUUCGCUCAGUGACAGGGGAGACUCCCCAGACCAGGCACGAAACCUUGAAGAAAGCUGCAGAACUCCUGUGGGAUUUAUCAAGAGAACAUGGGGCAAUUUCUAGGCAUGAGCCGCUCCCGCCCUUGGAGUACUCGUCAGCAUCACCCUAUGAAGCUGACCAGGGAUCUCGUACGGCUUAUGGUACGCGUUUUCAGCUCGUCGAUGACUGGACCUUAGAAAUCCCUAGAACCUCCCAACGAGACGUGGAAAAACGCUAUUGCAUCAAGGACAAUGAACAGUAG